GCGAACAAUAGGCGUGAGUCUAAGUCAUGCGGUUCCACACGUCUCCAAUGACUUGGAGGUCAUCCGUUACCGCAAUGAAGCAUCGGAAGAAGCCGCCGUGGCACCGAUUGGGUGGACCCUGAGCCGCCGUCUUUUCGGUUGGGGCAUUCGAGAUGCCAAUCGAUCUAGCACGCACUGCGUUCACUGGAGGAGGAAACGCGCAAAGACCGCACUCUUCCUCGCAUGAAAGAGCAUCGAAGCAGCGACUGAAGGACUUGCAGCUGAGUAAUACAACGUCGACACGAAUAGUACCAACACGUGUGCCACGAAGAUGGCGGGUUGAAGCCUUCCACGAGUCAUGCGGGUAUGGCAACCGACCUGCUGAUGCGUGAUGAUGGACCUUAACGAUGAAUGGGAGUACGAGUACGAUGAACUUGCUACGGAGGACUUCUUCUUCACCCUCGACCUGACCACGUUCGUUCCCGACGCAGUACCGCUUCCUGAGAUCUCCCGCAAUGGAAAGCGAAAGCUCAUUGUGAAAGAACCGACGAGCGAACGUCAAGUCUCGCUUGGUGAUCGUGAUGACGAUGCUCAAAACGAUGACCGUAGUACGCCGCCAAAGGACUAUGGCAUGCUCCAAGUGCUCGAUCUGCAUUCGACAAAUCCAAUCAUCAAACUCAACAACAACAUAUACAACUGCAACUGGCACACCGACCUCGGCACUCAGUUCUACGUUUCGAAAGCCGGUACGAUAACGAAGGCUCUACGGCCCGGUCAUGUCGCGGACAUCGUUGGCAUUUCGCAGACCAGGCUUAUCGGGAAGCCGGUAACACUUCGUCAACAUGAAGACUUCGCUGAUCUUGAUGCUGACCUCGUUCCUGCAACCUUGACGGCGCUGAAAGUCAAUGCGGCUGACAAUGCGGGAAUGAGAGCUGAACCAAGCGAUCUAACAGCCCUGCGUCCCGGUGAACAGCUGAUCGUUCCGCCGGAAGCAAUCAAGAACCCGCAAAUCGCAGCUCAAGCAUCCUUUUUAGAGCGCCUUUCCGCUAUCAAGCUCAAAAAGGGCGAGAGAGACAUUCUUCCUGUAGGUUCCGUCAGGAGCUAUGUCCCACCGAAGAAUUUCGAGGAGAUCCGGCAGCGGGCGCUGGCUGAGGACCGUGAGCGCGGCUUAGACACGGACGAUAAGCUUUUCGAGCAGCCCGUCAAGAGACGUCGGAGGCGUACCUUUGCCGAGCUAGGAAGGGAGUCCACGGGCAGGAAGCCAAGGAAGCCGAAGCGAAAGCGAUCUGAACCCGAUCCCGAAGCUGUAUAUGUGCCAACAGCUCCGUCGGAAACUGCCACGUCGUUUGGUCUGCAGGCGGCAAGUGCAACCGUAUCCUAUACUGUGCCCAGCUUCAACCCGGCACCUAGCCACAACUACUCAGUACCCGCUAUGGGUGCUGCGAUACCGUGGCACGCAUUGCGAUCACCUUCUGCGCCCAAUGCAGACACCACAAGUUCCUUAGCUAGCCUGCUCGAGCGUCCAGAAACUGCGACCAAUGGCAACAGUUCCGCAGAUCAUCUGCCAAAUGGACCACGACCAACAGCCCACCGGCCGAAUGGAUGAAGGCUGCAUCGCAUCUUUCUCACAACCCAUCUAUCUAUUGUACAGGACCUAAGAAUAUUUGCAGGAAGACAAGAAGCGAGAUGCUCCUUUUUGGUCCAGACAACGAUCAGCAGUCCACAGUUCAGUUGCGGGAACGUGA